UGUAAAAUUUUGACCGUUACUAUAAUUCUUCAUAUUAAUUACGCUAGUACUACGUCACGCGAUGACGAAACACUCAAUUGGUUAACAUUGUUUUGGCAUUUCUUCUCGCUCGAUCCCCCUCGGGUUUCGUACAAUGAAGAUUUAAUGCAAAUUUAGUUUGGACUACGACGACGUGUGUGUGCUAUGGCUUAUUUGAUGAGCUCCAGAAUUUUCUUGGGUCGCCGUUGGUUUUCAAGAAUAAGCGAAUUGUUCCCUGUCAACGAUCAGUACCCAGGUCAAAGACGUUUGUGUCCGUGUCAAGGUGAAAUAUCUUUGUCUGGACAAAUAAGCUCUCGUUGGUGGAAUGUAACCAAGGGACUUUUCACCUGCGCUGGUGGGGCAGGUACCGAGCAGCAGACCCUGGAAGGCAUUGCUCAGAACAUGCUCGAGCAGAAGUACAAGAGAGUGGUUGUUAUGGCAGGGGCAGGGAUUAGCACUCCCAGUGGCAUUCCCGAUUUCAGGUCCCCAGGAAAUGGUCUUUAUGACAAUCUGCAGCUGUAUGACCUGCCAUAUGCUGAGGCUAUUUUUGAAAUUGCCUUUUUUCAUCACAACCCAAAACCAUUCUUUGCCCUGGCUAAAGAAUUAUAUCCAGGAAAUUUCCAACCUAAUCUUACGCACUAUUUUGUGCGACUGCUUCAUCAGAAGGACCUGCUCCUCAGAAUGUACACACAGAAUAUUGAUGGCCUGGAAAGAUUAGCUGGGAUUCCUCCUGAGAUGCUCGUGGAGGCCCACGGUACAUUUGCUACAGCCACAUGUACUGUUUGCCAAAGUAAAUAUAAGGGAGAGGAUUUAUGUCCAGACUUGAUGAGCGGAGUGAUUCCCAAAUGCUUGACCUGUAAGGGCGUUGUAAAGCCAGACAUCAUAUUUUUUGGGGAAGAGCUGCCGCCUCACUUCUACAUGUACCUCAGAGACUUUCCUCUUGCAGAUCUCCUGAUCAUCAUGGGCACGUCACUGGAGGUGGAGCCCUUUGCGAGUCUGGCUGGAGCUGUGCGUAGCUCUGUUCCUCGACUGCUCAUAAACAGGGACUUAGUGGGUCCAUUUGCAUUGAGAAAUCGUCGACCCUGUGACGUUGUGCUGCUGGGUGACGUAGUGAGUGGCAUCCAAACACUCGUCAAUGCCCUCGGUUGGACUCAAGAGGUUGAUGCUUUGAUGGCAGCAGCUGCUGACAAAAGUGCAACAAAGAAAAAUGAAGAAUAAGAAAAAUAGCAUUCGGUGGAUCAACACUUCUCCAGUUUCUGCCAGUCCCCCUCUUGGAAUCCUGACUCUGAGCCAGUCCGAUUCCAUCUGCAGCUGCUGACUCUCAUUCAUGGACAAGUGCCAAGUUCAGGUGUGCCAUAGACCGUAAGAGCAACAACGCAGCGUUCUGCGACCUGCGGUUUUCAGGUGCCACUCUCCAAAUUCCACGCUCCUGUUCAGGCGGUAGCGGCAAUGACUCCGCGGCCGCCUCAAGUUCCUAUCCCUGCGGUGACAGGUAUGCGACCGCCUCAAGUUCCUGUCCCGGCGGUGACGGGGAUGUAACCAACCGCGUUACGUUGCUGUCUUGACGCUGACCGGUCCCCGGCCGCCUCGUGUUCCUGUCCUGGCGGCAAAUGCUUGUGGGCCGCCUCAGGUUCCUGUCCUGGCGGCGGCGAAGGCUCGUUGGCCACCUCAUGGCCCUGUACCAGCAUCGACAACAUCACGGUCCCCUUCGUUCCAGUCCUGGUGGCAACAGGUAUUUGGCUGUCUUACAUUCCUAUCUAGACCGUGAUCAGCCUGCGGCCUUCCCCCUCCUGAUUCAAUGGUGACUGAUCCCUGGCCGCCUCACGGUCACGUCCUGGGAGGUCUUCGUCCGGAGCCGGCGCCUGCUUCCAUCUGGUUCUUGCUUCGCCGUUGGAUUCUUCCUCGAGGAUGUCCGCCCGAAGCCCCCCGUGGGGACCCUGAUGCUUGGCCUCCGGGGCAAGCUCCUGACGUACCCGGCCAGACACCUCGCUUUUGGUAGCCUGGACGGCCACCAGUCAGAAUGGGGUUUAUUUCAUUUAACUGAAAAUAUAUGUUCUUUUGACCAAAAUGUUCACAAAUGAAAAAACAUAAUAUUAGGAGUCCUUUUUAAAAUUUAGGUUUAUUGCAACAGUUAACUCUCACGCACCAAAUCCGCUCCGAUAGGGAUACAGUCGGAGGUUUCUAUAUAUGCACACACACCCUUGCCCAUUCGUGAUUCACCGCACGACCCCACAUAUUUACAACUUUUGCUCUCAUGUUUUUUUUUUCUCACAAUGUACUGUAUUUUCACAAUCAAGGUGCACUUAGAAGUCUUAAAUUCUCUCCCAAACAAACGGGGCACCUUAAGAUGUGGCAUGCCUUAUGUGCAAGAAGAGCUCCAAAAUUUGUAAAUGUUGUUCUGUGACUAGUCCCAUGAAGUACACUUAAAAACACCUGGUAGGUUAGCAUAUAUGCUAGCAUUUGUAUGCAAGCAGUAUGUAUGUAAACCAAUGACAUAGAAUAAAAACUAGACAGUGCACUCUGCAUCCAUUUUGGACACCACCAUGGUCAAUAGGCUUUUGACUUCAGGUCAGGGCAACAAGCACGGUAAACAUGCACUGCUGUGGAAAACGAUGCAAUAAAUCUAAAUACUUGGGAUGUUUUGGAUCCCAAGAGACAUGAUUAUAAUCUAAACAUUUGCAGCAUGCCCAGGAAGGUUUAGAAGAUACAUUGACGCAUACAUAUGUAAUAGGGUUUACAGACCUUAAUAAUAUUCCACAUGCCAAUCAUGUCAAUUUCCACACCCACCUCUCGUCUCAGUGUAGGCAAUUGACCCCUCCAUAGAAAUGGCGUCAUCCGCGUCGCUGACAAAUCAGAGGCCAGAGAUUUGCAUAAACCACGCCCCCUUUUGGAUCCGCUGUUUUCUCAGACAACGUUGUAUGGUCCAGUAUAGCUUUUGGUAGCGUUUUAUCGCGUAUUUGGGUUCUUUAACAAUAGAUAUGGUUAAGAGGUGUAGUCACGGACUUUAUAAUAGUGACGACAGGUAUCCUGAAAGGCUAGUUGGUGGAGUUCAAUUCGUACCCUUUCCAAAACCGAAGACCCAGUACGAAAAAUGUCUUUGAUGGAUCAAACUUUGUGGAAGACCGCAUCAUCUCCUGAAUCCAUCUAAAUUCAACCGGAACAGAAGACCGAGUACGAAAAAUGUCUUUGAUGGACAAAACUUUGUGGAAGACCGCAUGAUCAACUGAAUCCAUCAACCGGAACAGAUAUGUUUGCACGAAGGUAAGCCCUAUAUUUGAUUUUCAAUACAUGUCUCAUAUAAAUGAAUUAGCAGUUCUUCGCUUGGAUAACAUAGCUACGUGUGAAUGAUUGACACACUUGAUCUGUGUUGAGCGAUAUUUUGCGAUGAUCUGACUGCACAAACGUGUCUCUGUUCGGCGGCUCCCAACCUAAGCUAAACCGGACUUUUGUUUGCACGAAGGUAUGCCCUAUAUUUGAUUUUCAAUACAUGUCUCAUAUAAAUGAAUUAGCAGUUCUUCGUUUGCAUAAUAUAGCUACGUGUGAAUGAUUGUCACACUUGAUCUGUGUUGAGUGACGUAUAUUGUAGACGUACAAUUGCACUGUGAGGUUUACCUGUUAUACCUAAGGGGGAUAAGAUCCCUUAAAAACAGAGGGUUUACUGUCGGUUUGAGCCUGGGAUGUCGCAAGGUGGCGUAUGAAAAACAGAAUAGUAUAGGCUUUCUAAUGUGUUGCGCGAUGGGAAUUCGGUUGGGUUUAGUUGAAGAAGAGUGACCACAAAAUUAAAUAAAUAAUCAUGGAUGGUGAAUUUGAUCGUGAACGUGCUGAAUAUAAUCCGGCUAUAGAUGAAAUGCACAUUGAAAUUGAAUGCCAAAUGAUGGCUAAUGUUGCCAAAAAGAAACAAGAUAAAGAAAGGAAGCAUGCAUUAGAAUAAUGGUAAAAGCACAACUUGGGUAAAAUUCGCGAUUGGGACAAACUGAUGAUGGAAAUAUAGGAUAUAUAAUAUAAAUAGGAAAUUGACAGAGACUAUGUAAAACAGGCGAAAGGCGUAAGGGACCGAUUAGACAAGGACUCAUAGAACUUAAAGAGGUGAACAGAGAAAGGCGCACUGCGCAUUUAAUGAUGGUGACGGCGACAGCAACAUUGAAGAAAAAAGGGUACUGGUAAGUCGAACGAAGGCAAAGUAAGUAAAGAAGAUAGUCCAGUUACUCCUUGCUGGUAAGGUGGCAUGUGACGUUGAGGGCAUCAAGGAGCCCAUGAUGAAAAGAUGAUGGGGCUAAGAAAAGUUGUAUUUGAUAUGUGGACGCGAGUGAAGGACUGCAAAAAUGAGGAAGGAGGCACAUCGAACACGCACACAUGCACACACCCUGAAUCACACGUAAGUACACCACACAGACACAGAGGAAGUGAGAGGUGCUGAAGGCGGGGUUGGUGAAAAUGGUCUUGUUGAUUUGACGCGAAGCAUCCUCUCGGAGGCGGAAAUAACACGAUGACUAUUAUUAUUAUUCUAUAGUCUAUGAUGGCAGCAUGGUGGAUCAGCUAGUAAAACGUUGGCCUCACAGUGCUGAGGUCCUAGGUUCAAUCCCGGACCCGCCUGUGUGGAGUUUGCAUGUUGUCCCCGUGCCUCCGUGGGUUUUCUCCGGGCACUUCGGUUUCCUCCCACAUCCCAAAACAUGAAACAUUAAUUGGACACUCAAAAUUGUCCCUAGGUGUGAUUGUGAGUGUGGCUGUUGUCUGUCUCUAUGUGCCCUCCAAUAGGCUGGCAACCAGUUCAGGGUGUACCCCGCCUCUUGCCCGUUGACAGCUGGGAUUGGCUCCAGCACUCCCUGCGACCCUCGUAAGGAUAAGCGGUCAAGAAAAUGGAUGGAUAUAUUAUUAUAUUAUAUUAUAUUAUAUUAUAUUACCAGCAAACAAAACGCUUUACAAUGAUGCCAAUGAUAGAGGCUCCAGUAGGUCCAAUAUACAACCCGUUUGACCUUAAAGAUGUUGAUUGUCUCACUGCUCGCUUGCCUCGUCUCUCUUCUAGUGGUAAUACAUGGCUGUCUAGUUUUGUGGAAACUUUACAGGGGUAUACAUUCUGCAUGGGAGACUGGAGACAACCAGCAUCUAGAUCUUGCACUCGUAUUGAACAACUAGAAAUCGAGACAACUGCAGGUACGCUGAAUGUACCAAUGGAACCAUAUUCAAGCGUCUGGCCGCAGCUGUCAGAGAGAGGUUCCCCACUCCUCUUACACCCACACCCACUUCUUUCCCCGAUGUUAAACGACCCACUUGAGCACUUUGCUAAGUGUACCAAACUUUGGACUGAAUUGACUGGACGUCACCCUGGACAGUCUGGUUCGGAGGAGGCUAUGUUUAGGACUGCGAUCCUGGCCGGUCUCCCUGAACAGACAACUCUUAAAGCUGACCCUGACUGCCUGUCCGGAGAUGAGCCCAGAUUUAGACGACCCUUAGUGCAUCACCUCAAAAUGUAUUUAAGACAACAACAGGGUGAGGAUAAUGAAAUUACUAAACUCCAAAAAUAACUUCUUUAAUUACAUGUAGCACAGGCAAGUAGGCAGAUAAGAAGGAAAAGAAAAGUCCCAAACCACACCAGACGUAAUUUUUUGACAGGCACAACCACCGAGACAAGCAGGUGGGUUCCGGGGUAAUAGCCACACAGGAAGGCGUGGAGGGGGCCGGGGGAGAGUGCAACAACAUCAACGUGAUCAAGGAUGUUUUGGUUGUGGUGAAAACUAAUUUGACCAUAUUAGAACACGAGACCCUGACUACAGAACACAGACAUGACUAUUCUGACCAUGACAACGCUGAGUCAAUGUUAAACAAACUGCCUAAAUCAGUUUGGUCUUCUGGACCCUUUGAUGUUGGACAUUGUACUAAGAUACCAGACAUUAAAAUUACUGUUUUUCCAGGAUCUCAUGUUUACAGACCUCGAUAUCCUUGGCCCGCGGUUACUAACCAGGGGAUGGAGGACACUCUCACUGGCCUGUGUAAUUUGGAGUCCUGGAAACAUCCUCCUCGUGGUGUAUACCACUCAGGCCAGUUUUAAAAGCAGAUGGUAACACUUAUCGUAUGGCGCAUGAUUUGAGAGCCGUUAAUGAUUUAACGACCACACCGUUGUUACCUGUAUCAGACCCCCACAGAAUGUUGUCUACCAUCACACUUGAAUUGAAAUACUUAACAGCGAUUGAUUUGGCAAAUGCAUUCUUUUGUCUCUCUCUCGCACCCGAGUGUAGAGACUUGUUUGCAUUCAGAUAUCAGGGACACAAUUUGCAAUACACCUGGUUGCCACAAGGCUUCAAAAAUUCACCUGGAAUCUUUUUUCAAUGUUUGAAAUCGUUGCUGCAGGAUCUAGAACUCCCAGACGGAUGUAAACUCCUGAUGUAUGUUGAUCACCACCUUUUGCCAGCCCCAACAACAGAGUCGUGUUUGUCUCUAACUAAACUGCUAAUCUCUCUGUCCAACCUCUAAUGAAUGGCAGGGUCCUGUUUCACUGAUGGUUGCUGUUACCAUAAGUCGUAGUGGAGCAUUAACCCUCAGGUGAAUUUUUAACUGUUUCCUCUUCAGUACUAAUACAUGCUCCCUCAGCCCAGGCAGCGGAAGUGCUCGCACUCUGUCUCGCACUGGAACUGGCAUCCAAUCACCUCGCUACUUUGGAGAAGUGGUCAGGGUUAACUCACAAGUUUGGUUGUGUUUAUCACCCCGCCAUUCUAGGUUUGGUUGAACAUAAGAAUCGCACUUUGAUGGAAAAAAUGGCUAAAAUAUGUAUCUCUUCCGGCAUGAACUGGGUUCAGGCUCUCCAUAUUGCUCUACUGUCUGUGAGACAAUCUGUGUCUCGCUCUACUGGUUUCUCUCCUUACAAACUUCUUACAGGUCGUCUGAUGCCUGGCCCUUCCUCCUCACUCUAACCACUGGAGGAGAGCAUUGUGUCUCCCAAGUUUUCUCAUAAACUGUUUUGGACAAAACUGCAUUCUGCCGUGCUGAUGUGUGGUGGUGGUGCGGAGGGGGCCGUAUCUUCGACCGCCUCCCGCGCAACAGCAUGGGCAGAUGUGCAUUAGUAACUUUACUUUUACCCAUUUCCGUUGUUCCUGUCACCCUAGAGGAUCUGGCGGUUGCUCCUGAACACUUCAAUGAAGCCCUUGGCCUAUUACGGCAUUCAUGUAUGUCCAAACCUAUGUGGCUCGGUGCUGACGACCCCAACAACAAUGACGCUAUUUGCGUUCCCCGUGGUGUCCCGGAUGAGUCUAAAUUGGCUGAUCAGGUAGUUGCUGGUUUUGAAAAUAUACCUGUAAUUUCCGCUCUUUUCCCUGUUACUCCUUACGAAAAUGUCAACCAUAUCAAUUACAUAAAUAAUAAUGUGCAACGUUUGGGCAACUUCACCCUUGAAGGACUUGAAGCUGUACAUGAGCAACUUAAGGUUACAUCUAUUAUGGCUUUCCAAAAUAGAAUCGCAGUCGAUGCACUGUUGGCCGAGAAAGGAGGUGUUUGCCGAAUAACUCCCCACCUGGCCGACGCCUCACUAAGGUCGUAGAUGGACUUAGAACCCUUACUAAGAAAAUGAAGGAACACACAGGUGUUGACACGUCUGUGGGAUAACUGGAUGAAUGUGUUUGGUAAAUGGAAGGGUGUCAUUUCAUUAAUCUUCAUCUCUCUGGCUGUCUUCACCUCUAUUCUCACCCUUUGCGGAUGCUGUUGCAUUCCUUGUAUUCAUUCUCUUUUAACCUGUCUGAUUGAGAAGGCGACUGGUGCCCAAGCUGGUGGCCGCGGUAAUUAUGUCCUCAUUAUACCCCCGCCCCGACACACUCCUCAAGAUUAUUUUAGCUUCUGUCCCUCCCCUUGAAAAUGAUACUAAACUUAACACCGCUCCCUGAUUGUCAUGAUGUUGACAUGCCCUGUGAUUGCAUUGCCCUUGCCCUUCUGUUCUACUUUUUGUGUGAUAAUACUUUUUUAGAAAUGUUUUGCUGUUUUUGAGUUGUCUAGUACUGUCCUGCAGGUUUAAAGCUGACAGGUGUUCUGAAUCAUGAGAGUAUGCACUUGUUAAAAGGUAUGUUUGGAUGACAAGAGAGGGUUUUAUGUUUUCCAUAUUUCUUGAAGUGUUACUUUUGGGAUUUUCAUGAUUGUUUUUGUGAUCUAUUUCAUAGAUCCAGAGAGGGAAUGCAGACUAUUUUACUUUUAUUGUACUUUCAUUAUUUGCUUAAAUAUGACCUUAUACAUUAUCAACAGAUAAUGUUGCCCAUUUGCUAAUCAGACAAGGAUGUGUUGUGGACCCGGUGGUUGUCCUUGAUCUUUGUACACAGAAAACCGUCUGGUGCCAUCCUCCUCUCCCAGCCAUUGCCGUGGAGAUGAACGAGACCAGAUAAGGAGCCGGAAAGUUACCAUCCCGGCCCAGGACCAGACUGCGGUGUGGCAGCCACUUUUACCAUGGACCCAUACAUAUAAAAACCUUGUGUUACCGGGCAGUUCUUGUCUUCUUCUUUGGCUAUCCUGCCAGAAGACACACGUCUCGUGUGCUGCAGAUACCUAAAUAAGACCCGGACGUCUGUAUUGUACAAUCCUUUGUAAUAAAUCCAUUUGCUGUUAACUUUUUCUAA